ACAGUUUACGAAGGAGGAGGUCUGUGCUGGAAAGAAAAAAAAAACACUUUAAAAACUAUCCGAAGACAAACUGUGAGACUACAGAACAAAAUACAUUGGGAUGUGGUUUUGUAAUUGUUUUUUUGUCGUUUUGUUUUGUUUGAGGUAAAAUGGGUGGUGAUGUACCAUGGACAUUUCUUGCUGUAACUGUAGCAGUGGCAGUAGCAGCACCUUCGGUGGCAGCUUCAACAACAGCUUCAAAGACAAAUGGAAAGGUACUGAAACACGGAUAUCUUGGGAGGACCGAGGGGGCUUUCUCUGAAACAGUUCCGAAAGAUGGACCAAAAGUCAAAACUAAGUCUGGGACAGUGGAAGGUCUUGCUAGUGGCAAGGCACAGAUAUUCUAUGGAAUCCCAUACGCUGCUCCACCGAUUAAGGCUGGCAGAUGGAAGGCACCGGGCUCCCCGACACCAUGGAAGGGAGUAUACAAUGCUACCUACCCCAGAGCAGCAUGCAUGCAGUCCUGUCGAGGGCCAUUCGGGGCUCCAGCAGAAAACAGGAAUUGCCCUGUAAAGCUCAGUGAGGACUGUCUGUAUCUCAAUAUCUUUGUGCCUCUAGAUGUAAACUUUACUGCUCCUCCUGCAAAGCUGCUCCCAGUGAUGGUCUGGGUGCACGGAGGGGAUUUUAUCGCUGGCACUGCUUCCAAUCCCAUGUAUGAUGGAAGGUUUCUUGCCAGUUCAACCCAUACCAUUAUUGUCAACGUAGAAUAUCGUUUGGGUGUCUUUGGUUUCCUUGUAACUGGGACAGAUCCUGAAAAAUCAGCAACCGGAAACUAUGGCAUUCUGGACCAACAGGCUGCUCUCAUUUGGGUUCAACAAAAUAUUGCUGGAUUUGGGGGAGACCCAAGCAAGGUGACAAUAUUUGGGGAAAGUUCCGGAAGCCAGUCUGUUGGCCUCCAUCUGAUGGUCGAAAGCAGCGGGCCACUGUUUAAUCAAGCCAUCAUGCAGAGCCUUCCCUUCACCGUUCCACUCAAGUCAAAACAUGAAGCAUUAAAGCUGGGCAAAGAUUUUGCUGAAAUAGCAAAUUGCACCUCAACAGACAUGUCCUGCCUGCUGUCCCUCACACCAGAGAAGGUCCUUGCUGCACAGAUCGGAGCAGGUCGCAAAAUAUUAAAUCCCUUUAAGUUUCUGGAGAAGUUUCAGACCUGGGGCCCGUUCAUUGAUGGGACGUUGAUCAGAGAACAAAUUACCCCUGCCUUUCGGAUGGGCCAUUGGCAGAAAGAAAAACCUGUUAUUCUAGGCACAACCUCUGAAGAAGGGGUGAUGUUUGUCUAUGGAGCCUUCAAGAAGCCCAUGUCAUUGCUUGAGUGCACUGCAUGUGCUACUGCUAUUUUUAAACAGUACGCCCUGUUAGUCCUUUACAAGUACCUGCCUCACUAUCCUGAAGAAGACCGCCGGAAACUGCUGUCGCAGACGGUGACUGACUACGUCUUCCUGUGCUCUUCCCGCAAAUCUGCCCGCGCGGCUGUGAAAGACGGGAGCGCUGUGUGGCUGUACGUGUUCGACCAUGUCACCUCUGACCGCAGAGUUUGGGGUGACGUGACCUUCUGCUAUGACCACGUGUGCCACAGCGCAGAGCUGCCUUUCGUGUUCAGCUCCUUCAGCAUGAGAAACUUCACCUUCACAGCUGAGGAGCAGGUGCUGGCCAACCAGAUCGUGUGUUACUGGGGCAGGUUUUCCCACAGCGGGAAUCCCAAUGCAGAGGGUGACCAGACUGAGUUCUGCCGUCAACAGAAGCUCCCAUCGUGGCCAGAGUACACAGACAGAGGCCACUGGCUUCACAUGAAUCUCACCACAGGGUCGCAUUCUCAGAUGGGUUACCGAGACGACUUCUGUAAUUUCUGGGACACACUCGAUAUUUACUAAGAAGCUGAAUAGCAGAAGCUACUAUUCGUGGGGCCAGUGUUUACCAGAGAGUCUUUUCUGAAACUUUUCUUUAUAUUGUGCUGAUCAUUUUAUAAUGUGUAAUGAUCAUAUUGGAAUUAAAAUUUUAAAUACUAAAUACAGCCACAUGUUAGCCCUCAUAGACCAUUUAAAAAAGGAACUGCAUGAGAGAAAAUCCAUUUGGAGAGAAUGGAAGUAUGAAAGGAAGUUGAGAAUAGGGAGGAGAGCUAAUGUAAUGUAAUGUAAGGGUGACUGUGUUUUGCAAACGCUUCAGACUUUCAAAAAACAAGGUACCAGAUCUGGAAUGAUUCUGUUUCGGAUUCAGGAAAGCACAGGUCCUAACUGUUAACACGAAGUACUCGCUGGGCAUAGAAUUUAAAAAGCUUUGUGUUUUAAUGACAGUGUUCACUUUUAUAGUAAUACCUGUUAUCACUUGCGUCUUCUUUUAAAACCUGCUUUUUUUCAGUAGCCCUCAAGUGAAUUGUAUAUCUGCGCAUUUACAAACUAAAAUCCUGUAGUAUUCUACCUGUAAUAUGCAGGUAUCAAGAGGUCUUAAAAACAAAGAGCUUAGACAGACUUCAGAGUUCUUGUAUUUUUAUCACAACUUCAGUUAGUAUUUUCAGUUUUAUUUUCCUUUCAGAAAGAUGUGUUAAUUACUCACUGGGAAAACAUGUCACAUGGAAGCUACUGUAAAUUAAUUUGUAGUUUAAAUUAAUAUUGUUUUCUCCAAAUAUCACUUUAUUUUCAAUUCCUAUUGCUCACUGUCAAACAUUGUAUUUAUCUACAAUUAAUAACAUAUAUUGAAACUUAUAUUUAACCCAUAUAGAGAAGUAGAUUACUUCAAAAACCAGUAAUAGACUCACUGUUAAACUUCUUUAUAUAAAUAUUAAUGAUAAGCUAUUUAUAAGACAGCCCUGUGCAAUUAAAUCCUGUGUGAUUUGAUGUUGGUUUCGCUUUUACUCCGCUCUUGCAAAAUUAACAGUAACUUACCGCGCUGCGAUAAAUCCAAAGCAUGUCAAACAGAUCAUUGUAUCGAUCAAUACUGUUUUACAAUUCCUUGUAUUGUGUGCAAUUUGUGUUUAAGGUCUUGGAACCUGUAAUA